UAUGUCUCAAUCUUUAUCCGCGUGCGAAUGUUGACUAUUUUGGCUUUAGUUACAACAUAAGUGUAAAGUAAUAAAUAUUCCUAAUGUUUGAAUUGGAUACGUGCAAAUCGGUUUACUUACAAUAGUGAGAAUUUAUUUAGAGCUAGCAGACAAAUGAGAAAACAAUUCAAUAUAUUCUUGAGACUUUUUAAAAUUAUCACCAUGGCCAUUUGGUUUAAAACUAGGUCCAUUGUGUAGAAAUGGUUUAUAAAGGCUUGCGCCGUAACUGUAUGAACAACUUGGGUGAAGAUGAAGCUAUUAUUAUUAUGUUUUCUUUUCAUUGCGGUACAUGGAAAAAAGCUACCACCGGAAAUUACAAAUGCUUGGAUGAGAAUAGUGACGCCUAUUUACGAUGACUGUGUGAAAAUAACGAACGUACUUCCCGAAAUUCCAAAAACGAUGUUUGAACAGGACGAGUUACCGAAAGAUAAAUCCUUCGCUUGUUACAUGAAAUGCGUUUAUGAAAAACUGUCGUUUCUAAAGUCAAAUAACGAAUUUGAUAAAGAGGAGAUGGUAAAGGAAAUUUAUAUGUUAACUCCAGCGAUGGCGCAAUUAUGUGUUGACGAAUCAGCCAUGGAACCAGAUAUGUGCAAGAAAAUAAAUAUUAUAGUCGGGUGUAUUGCUAGAGAAGUAGUAUAAGUAUUUAGAUACCAUAUAAAAUAUGUAGAUCUCGGUAUGAUUAAUAAACCAUAGACACAC